GGCGGCAAUUUUUCUUUCAUGCGGGAUUGUUAGUCGACGCAGCGGUGCCCUAUCAUCUGUCACUCUCGCCGACUACUUAAUUAGCUGAGCCACCCUCCCAGUUCGAAGGGUGCCCGAUAUCUCGCAGAUCUUGUAAGCGAAGAGGCGUGUUGCACUGGGAGGAUUAAAUACGACGCCGAUACGCCUCGAUCUUGGCACUCAGCCUCACUCGCGGCAGCUGUCUUAUUUGACGGCUUUAUUUACCUGAUAUCGCUCUUUUCUUUUUGCAGCACCAAUUGCUUUCGUCACGGCCAGACACAGGUUUUGUCCACCAUGAGUCGUUUAGCCGGUUGGUUCCGCUCCGGCGCGAAAACCGAAAAUGGUUCCAACUCGAGCCUUGCCGCCACGGAUAGCAUCGUCAAGGAGAAGGAGAACUUGGUGGAGGCAAUGAAUUGGAUCGAGCUCAUCAUGAACGACGACAUUGACGGCGCCUGGGAGAAGUUGCAGACGGGCGACUCCUCCUUCCACGAAAUGGGCUCUGCGGUGGCCUUCUUCAUGCGAUCCGUGCUGGGCUUUGAGAAGCAGAUCAUGACUGAGGCUACGGCAAGACUGAAUGACUGUGAAACUAGGGCGUGGUCAGAUCUCAAACGGGCGCAGAAGCACGGCGCGGCUUACAACAGCAGUAAGCUCUAUCCGCCGGGGACCGAGUACGAGUUGAUCAUUGCCGAGACGCAGCUGAUGGGCGCCGUCGUGGGCGUGCUGCACGAGAGCCUGGUCGAGGCCAUGAAGAGCUUCUACAAGCUGCGAAAGGCGUUCCUGACGCUCGAUGCCAUUGUGGCGUCGGAGGAAAAGAUUUUCAAGAAACCGACUCCGGGCUCAUCCCGCAUCAUUAGCAAGUUGGAGGAUACGUCGAAACUGAGCCUGCGGUCUAGAGAUUCCGAUUUGAGCUCAGACGUCGAACUGGACAAUCCCGUCGACAAGUUCAUUCACUCUGGAGCCAACAUGUGUUUUGGAGUCUUAUUGCUCAUCCUCAGUCUCAUCCCUCCUGCCUUCUCACGCAUCCUCUCCGUUGUUGGAUUCCAUGGGGAUCGGCGACGAGCUGUCAAGAUGCUCUGGAAGUCGGCUGCGCACUCCAAUAUCAACGGCGCCGUGGCGGGCAUGAUGCUGUUGGUGUAUUACAACGGACUGCUUGGAGCCGCGGACAUUCUGCCGGAUCGCAGAGACUAUGAUGAGGAUGCCGAGGCUGUCGGACCCCCGAUUGAAAAAUGCGAGCAGCUCUUGGCUGAGAUGCGACGACGAUAUCCCGACUCACAGCUGUGGCGAGUGGAGGAAUCGAGAAUGCUGGCAAACGAACGAAAGAUUACGGAAGCAUUGGAAUUGCUCAGGUCGGGCAAGGAGUCGAAAAUGAAGCAGGUUGCUGCCCUCAACAACUUUGAGCUAUCACUGGACGCCAUGAUGUCCUACGAAUGGGUGCUGAUGCGCGAUUCAUUCCUGAGGUGCUUGGAAGUCAACGACUGGAGCCCAUCACUCUACUACUACCUGGCUGGCUGCGCGUCUUUGGAGCUUUACCGAGACGCUUUUCACAGCGGCGACAAGGACGAGGCAAGACGACAAAAGGUCAAGACGGAAGAGUUCUUCCGCAAAGCGCCAACGGUGACUGGCAAGAAGCGACUCAUGGCACGCCAACUGCCUCUGGAGACAUUCUUACAGCGAAAGGUUCAGAAGUGGGAGGACCGAGCCAAAGCCCUGGGCGUUGAUUUGGCAGAUGUUACUGGAUCAAGCCCUGCACUGGAGAUGUGCUACGUGUGGAAUGGACAGAAGCGCAUGGGCACAGCACAGCUGGAGAAGGGGCUUGAUUAUCUCAAGUGGGAGAGAUGCACGGCGAGCAAGGAAGUCAUAGCCAAGAUUCAAGAAGAGAAGGAUGAAAUGGCUGUGUGGGCGGUGAGCAUGGCAUCGUUGCUUAGAGGUCUGGGCAAGCUGGACGAUGCUAGAACACUGCUGCAGGAGAAGGUCAUUGCUCACGACCGAUCUGUCUUCAAAGGCACCUCCAAGGAUGACUAUGUCCUGCCAUCCGCCACUUAUGAACUGGGUGCCAUUGCGUGGGCUGAGUGCUGCAAUCCUCCAGAGGGCGAAGCUAAAGAAAUCCUGGAGUUUAGACGCCAGAAGAUGGUGGCAUGCGAGGAGCAGCUCAACAAAGUCAAGGUCUGGGAGGCCUACGUCUUGGAUACGAGAAUCGGCUUAAGAGCGCAGAGCGGAUUGGAAACUCUGGCUUGGUUUAAGAAGAAGAAUGGGUGGUGA